AUGUUGAAGCGCAUGAUGAAAGCCGGAGUCUUUGCUGGGCUCGCUGCGGCAUCCAACUGCAGUUCAGAUAACAACGGGACGCUACCUAGCCCUUUCAAAGGGGGGAACCCUCCAUGUGAUGCAUUGAUCACCGCGGGCCUAAAGGACAGAGUACUUCUCCCAGCCGAUGCUGCCUAUGAAGCUCAGCUGAACACCUGGUGGGCCAAAAACGCUCGACAACACCCAUGGUGUCUUGUUCUUCCUCAAAGUGCCGAAGAGGUUGCCCUCGUCCUUACCACCCUUCUCGACGCCGGUAACGGUGCAGGCGACUGGCACAUCGCAGUCCGUAGCGGUGGCCACGGCUGGCAGCUCAACAAUAACAUCCAGAACGGCGUCACAAUUGAUCUGACCCACAUGAACUCCUCAAUCUACGACAAGGAGACCAACGUCGCCAGAGUCGACACAGGGGGUCACUGGCAGUACGUUUACAAGGACCUAGAUGACCAAGGAGUCGUUGUUGUAGGUGGCCGAGAUGGCAACGUGGGCGUGGGAGGCUUCCUCCUCGGCGGCGGUACCUCCUUCUUCUCACCAGCCAGGGGCUUCGGCGCCGAUAACGUGGUCAACUACGAAGUCGUUCUCGCUAACGGAACAAUCACGAACGCCAACAAGUCGUGCAAUGCCGAUCUUUGGAGGGCCCUUAAAGGCGGUGGCUCAAAUUUCGGAAUUGUGACGCGUUUCGAUUUGGAGGCACUGCCGACGAGAGAGCUUCACUAUGAGGUCCGCCUUCUUCCCGGAAACGCCACCGAUGCCGUCGCGGACACUCUCGUCGAGUUUGCUAAUUACGACAUGUCGAUGGCGGACAAUGCGCUGGUCACGUACCUCGCUUACGAAGGCUCUGAGAGAACGGCAAUCACGAUUGGUACCAUCUACGUGAACACAGCUGGAGAGGACAAUGUGACGACAGCCUACGACAGUCUCAGAGAGAUUCCUGCUGUUUUCAACAGCACCGAAAAAAAGACUCUGGCGAAAUCUGCAAACGAGUCCCAAGUGGCGGGAAACAGAUGGGCCGCCGGAGCCACCCUACUGUACAAGAGUGAUAAGGAGAUCCUGCAGCACUCCGCAAAGCUCCACGAAGAAUUUGUUCAAUCUCUUCAAGAAUCUAUCGGGGAGGAGUCUUUCGGAACGAUGAUCUUCUUGCAGCCCGUAACCAAGGAUUACGGACGCAUCGGCGAGGAGAAGGGCGGUAACAUGCUCGGUCUCGAGAACAUGAGAAAUAACGCAAUCAUGUGGACGGCUGCGGUAUUUGUCGACACCAACGAGGCCGACUUCGCCGUCGCUGAGCAGAGGUUGAAUGAGAUGGCCGGCAAGCUGAACGACUUCGCUGAGUCUGUCGAUGGAGCAGAGGAUUUGGUGUACCUCAACUACGCGAGCGCUCGCCAGGACUCUCUUGGCAGCUACGGUUCCGACAACCUUGAGUAUAUGCGCGAGGUAGCCGAGAAGUAUGAUCCGGAGGGCGUGUUCCAGACUCGUAUUCCGGGAGGUUUCAAGCUUUCUAGGGCGGGCUGA